CCCUGUGCUGCCCGUGCAGAGGCAAAUUACACGGCUGGGGUUUUGGCUCAGACUUCAAGGGCUGGGGGCCCAGCCCUGCUUCCACCUGGCUAUAAAGGGCUGCCCGGGGUCUCUGUCCACACCAGACCUCGCUCCUGGCCUGAACUGUAGGCACCAUGGCUACCACCACCAGCAUCCGCCAGUUCUCAACCUCGGGCUCCGUGAAGGGCCUGGGUGGCCCUGGAGGGGGUUUCUCCCGGAUGUCCUCCAUCCGUGUUGGGGGUGCCUGUCGGGCCCCCAGCCUCCUGGGAGUUGGCAGCUGUGGCAACAUGUCAGUCACCUCGUCCCGCUUCUCAUCCGGCCUGGGGGGCGGCUACAGCGGUGGCUAUACCUGCAACCUGGGCGGGGGCUUCGGCUCCAGCUUUGGAGUGGCAGACACCCUGCUGGGGGGCAGUGAGAAGGAGACCAUGCAGAACCUCAAUGACCGCCUGGCCUCCUACCUGGACAAGGUGCGUGCCCUGGAGGAGGCCAACGCUGACCUGGAGGUGAAGAUCCGUGACUGGUACAAGAAGCAGGGCCCGGGGCCCGCCCGCGACUACAGCCACUACUUCAAGACCAUCGAGGACCUGCGGAACAAGAUCCUGGCGGCUACCAUUGACAACGCCAGCUUCGUGCUGCAGAUCGACAAUGCCCGUCUGGCAGCCGACGACUUCCGCACCAAGUAUGAGACGGAGCUGAACCUGCGCAUGAGUGUGGAGGCCGACAUCAACGGCCUGCGCAGGGUGCUGGACGAGCUGACCCUGGCCAGGGCCGACCUGGAGAUGCAGAUCGAGAGCCUCAAGGAGGAGCUGGCCUACCUGAGGAAGAACCACGAGGAGGAGAUGAACGCUCUGCGAGGCCAGGUGGGUGGGGACGUCAGCGUGGAGAUGGAUGCGGCCCCCGGCGUGGACCUGAGCCGUAUCCUCAACGAGAUGCGCGACCAGUACGAGCAGAUCGCAGAGAAGAACCGCAAGGACGCCGAGGACUGGUUCUUCAGCAAGACGGAGGAGCUGAACCGCGAGGUGGCCACCAGCACCGAGGCCCUGCAGAGCAGCAGGACGGAGAUCACGGAGCUGCGCCGUACGGUGCAGAACCUGGAGAUCGAGCUGCAGUCCCAGCUCAGCAUGAAAGCAUCGCUGGAGGGCAGCCUGGCCGAGACGGAGGCGCGCUACGGGGCCCAGCUGGCCCAGCUGCAGGGUGUCAUCAGCAGCAUCGAGCAGCAGCUGUGCGAGCUGCGCUGCGACAUGGAGCGGCAGAACCACGAGUACCAGGUGCUGCUGGACGUGAAGACGCGGCUGGAGCAGGAGAUCGCCACCUACCGCCGCCUGCUCGAGGGCGAGGACGCCCACCUGGCUGCCCAGUACUCCUCGUCUCUGACCCCACAGUCCGCCCGGGAAGCCACCAUGACCACCCGCCAGGUGCGCACCAUCAUGGAGGAAGUCCAGGACGGCAAGGUUGUCUCCUCCCGCGAGCAGAUCCACCGCUCCACCCACUAAGGCCCAUUUGGAGUGCCACACUGGCCUCAAGGGCUGGGGAGAGGCCAGCGCCUCCAGCUCUCAGCCUGCUGGGUCGCGAGGGCUUGUCGGGCCCCACUCAUGAGCUGAUGCUUCUGCAGCCCCCUCACCCGAGGGGCCUCCUGGGUCUGUCCCAGCCACCGCUAAUAAAGC